AUGGCGAUUACCAUUGUCUCCGUCAAGGCAAGGCAGAUCUUCGACAGCCGUGGCAAUCCAACCGUCGAGGCUGAUGUGAUAACAUCCGAUGGUGCGCUGUCAAGAGCUGCCGUUCCUAGUGGUGCAUCCACUGGUGUUUACGAGGCCCUUGAACUCAGGGAUGGAGGUUCAGAUUACCUUGGAAAGGGUGUUUCCAAGGCUGUUGGGAAUGUCAAUACAAUUAUUGGCCCUGCAUUGAUUGGGAAGGACCCAACUGAGCAGGUUGCUAUUGAUAACUUCAUGGUUCAACAACUUGAUGGAACUGUAAAUGAGUGGGGCUGGUGCAAACAAAAGCUUGGAGCAAAUGCAAUUUUGGCAGUUUCUCUUGCUGUUUGCAAAGCUGGGGCUCAUGCCAAGGGUAUUCCCCUUUACAAGCACAUUGCCAACCUUGCCGGUAACAAGAGCCUGGUGCUGCCAGUUCCUGCUUUCAAUGUCAUCAACGGUGGAUCGCAUGCUGGAAAUAAACUUGCUAUGCAGGAAUUCAUGAUUCUUCCCACAGGAGCUUCCUCUUUCAAAGAGGCCAUGAAGAUGGGAGCUGAAGUAUACCAUAAUUUGAAGUCUGUGAUUAAGAAGAAGUAUGGUCAGGAUGCAACAAAUGUUGGUGAUGAAGGUGGAUUUGCUCCUAAUAUUCAGGAUAACGAGGAAGGACUUGAAUUGCUCAAGACUGCCAUUGCUAAAUCUGGUUACACAGACAAAGUGGUUAUUGGAAUGGAUGUUGCUGCUUCUGAAUUUUAUGGAUCAGAUAAAACAUAUGACCUGAACUUCAAAGAAGAGAACAACGAUGGUUCAAAAAAGAUCUCAGGUGAUGCUCUCAAGGACAUCUACAAGUCAUUCGUGUCCAAGUACCCCAUUGAAUCAAUUGAAGAUCCAUUUGACCAAGAUGACUGGGAACACUAUACAAAGUUAACUGCUGAAAUUGGAGAGAAAGUACAAAUUGUGGGAGAUGAUCUCUUGGUCACCAAUCCUAAGAGGGUUGAGAAGGCUAUCAAAGAGAGAGCUUGCAAUGCCCUCCUCCUCAAGGUUAAUCAAAUUGGAUCUGUUACUGAGAGCAUUGAAGCUGUAAAGAUGUCCAAGCAAGCUGGAUGGGGAGUGAUGGCCAGCCACCGCAGUGGUGAAACUGAGGAUACUUUCAUUGCUGAUCUGUCAGUGGGUUUGGCCACGGGCCAAAUAAAGACAGGGGCACCAUGCAGGUCUGAGCGGCUUGCAAAAUAUAACCAGCUCUUGAGAAUCGAGGAAGAGCUUGGUGCAGAAGCAGUUUAUGCCGGAAAAAACUUCAGGAGACCUGUUGAACCCUAUUAG